AGUGAGCCGUUGCCCAUUUAAACAGGCAGUUUGGAAGCCUCCCAGUGUGUAGCAGCUGCAGGGUUUUUCUGUUUCUGGGUAGCAGUUAUUUGUCAGUGUGAGACUGUCUGCACGACUGGAUGGAUUCUAUUCUAAACUGCAGCUGCAGCAGCAUGGAGCCAGAUUAUUAUUCCCUGCUCGGCUGUGAUGAGCUCUCCACGGUUGAACAGAUUCUUGCAGAAUAUAAAGUAAGAGCACUUCAAUGUCACCCGGAUAAACAUCCUGGAGAUAAAAAAGCAGUGGAAGAUUUCCAGAGACUUCAGCAAGCCAAAGAAACUCUAGCAAACGAGGAAAGUCGCGCUCAGUAUGAUCACUGGCGAAGGAGCAAAAUUCUGAUUCCUUUCUCACAGUGGGAAGCGCUGCAAGAUUCUGUUAAAACUUCAAUGCACUGGGCAGUGCAGAAUAAAAAAGAGCCAAUGUUGGAAGCUCCCACUUGUGAUCCUUCCAAGAUGCCGGAUGAGGUUUCUUCCAUGUGUGAUGACAAGAAAAAUGAAAGUGAUUUGCUGGACAAAACCCAAGAGGACAAUGAAGUGUUGUCACCUAAGAGCCCUCAAGGAAGUCUGGACACACCCUACAACCUUCUUCACUUCCGGUGGUCAGCAGAAGCCCCUUCCGACCUUCUUCGCAAAUUCAGGAAUUAUGAAAUCUAAAUAUCUCUCCCCAAAGAUAUUUAAUACUGUCCUAUUGAUCUCUCCAUAUUGUUGUGAAUAAUAUUAAUCUUUUAUUAUCUGCAUUAUACGUUAUGAUAAACUAUGGCAGCAGAGUGAUGUACUGUGUUAGCCACUGAUGAAAACAGGAUAAUGUAGAGAAGUUGAUACCUUUUAUUAGCUAAAUUGGUAGAGGUACAGGCUUUGUAUGGCAUUGUAAUGCAGAGGAAGUAAGUCCCAGAAAUAAUCUACUAAAUUAGCCACUUUCACUGCGUUAUUCUGUUUUGAUAAACUUUGGUGGCUGGAAUGGAUUUUGAGGAAACAACCUAUGUAAGGGUUAGUCCACACGAGGAGAUUUGGGGAGAUUUAGUCGCCUGGCGACUAAUCGCCUCUUCUUCUGGGCAACAAUCUCCCAGAACUGCCUCGAGGUGUCUACCGAUCCGUUAUAAUGAAAAGUCGCCUGCACUAAAGCACACUAGGCGUCCGAAGUCGCCCAACGUUUCCUCGUGAGGCAGAUUGUUGCCCAGAAGAAGAGGCGAUUAGUCGACAGGUGACUAAAUCUCCCCGAAUCUCCUCAUGUGGACUAACCCUAAAGUUUUGGAAGGCUGUAGGCCACAUGCAUGUCUGCAAUUGUGGAAGUACAUGUGCCCUUACAGUAUAUACUUAUAUCUCCUGAAAGUCUAACAUGCUAACUUUUAAUAUAUACAGUAUAAGCAUAAAGUAUUUAAGCAAACUAACCAAUAAAAAGAAUGCUAGAGUUGACUUGGGGUUAUGACAAUAGGUUUAUUGGAUCAGCAGCAAGAUCUUAUUCCUAGUAAUGGUGUGUUACCCCACUAGACUGACGCCCUCCACACUACUGGUGCUCUUGCCCAUCCUCAGCUUAGCACUGAGCAUAAGGACUCGACUGUAGUUGAUGCUUCUCUGAUCAGGUGCUUAACCUGGGGCUUACAGAUGUGGAGCAUUGUUUUUAAUUUUUAUCAACUAGCUGAAUGGAAUACCAACUAUAAUUGCUUUCCAGCUGCCUACAUAUUUAAAGUUUGGUGCCAUGUGCCUGGCUUGUGCAUAUUAGUUUCUGCAGGAUGUAUUAGCAUAUAUCAUCAGGAAGCAUGAGCUCUGCAAAAUGUGUAGACGUGAAUUUGUAACUGAAACAUAAGAAUUUCACGUGAGCUGGAACGUAUUUCUGCCUUGUGUCCUCAUUUCAACCAGUUAUUAAUGUAAAAUAAUCUGAGCAACCUCCUGUUUGACCACCCACGGUUAAGGCCAAAAGGGUUUCCUUUUAACAGGGCCUUAUUGUAAAUGAAAUGCAAUUUAUGUUGAAUAUUCAACAGAGCCCCUUCUCUAAGCCCACGGGUAAAGGACCUGUGCAGAGUGGCAUCAACUACAGCCAAUUCACUGUGCUCAUUGCUAAACUGAGAUUGGGCAUGACUACAACUUGUGGCCAAUAUAUUUAGGAACUGAAAUGUGGCCAUGUAAACAAACCAUUUGCCCAGGAGUUGGCAUGAAAUGAAUCCCAUAACUAUAAGUACAGUAUUCCAGUUCAGUAUCCAUUCAGUGUAAAGACCAUAAUCCUAAACCAGAAGGGUGGAUUUGUUUUCCCUAAACACAUGCCCUAUAUAUGUUGGAAAAGGGCAGUAAGAAAAACUCUUCAAGUCAGUUAUAAAAAAUAUAGAUUUCUUACAACUUAAGGUUGUAAGUUAGAUAUAUAUAUAUUUUUAGGGUCAGUAUGUCCUUAUUAUUUAUAUAUGCAACAUGUACUAAAACAUUAAUAAUAUAUAUUCUAUUUACAAGUAAGCGUUAUUGUUAUUUAUGUUUGAACUUUCUGCCAUAGAUUAUUCUCUACAGUAAGCUUUUUACAUCAACCAUUUUUUUCAUACGAGUUGGAACUGCUGUCCCAGUUGUGCAAUUGAUUAUAUGGAUUAUUUGGAAACUAGAAUCAGGUGGGUGAUGAUGAAAAUACCUACUCAUUGAGUAAUGAGUCAUUAAUAACAUUUGAACUAAUCACCAGACCUCCCUAGACUGCCAGCCCUGUGCCCUUUCUGACUUAAUUUAUUUGUAUUAUAACAUAACAGGAGGCCAAAGUUAAAAACUUGCAGCCAGCCAUCUUACAUUAAACAAAAAGAGGCUUUUUGAUUAAAUGUCCUGAGAAUAUAUAAAGAAUAUAUCAAGCAUAGCUAACACUGAUGUUGUUGGACUGCAACUCAUACUAUACAGUAGUCAACCAUUAUAUAAUCAAGGGUUCAAGUAUGUUGGGAGCUGUAUUCCAGCAACAUUGAGGAUGGAGUCUUAAAAUUACAGUCUGGUAGUGAUGACCCUCUUGCAUCUGUAAGAAGCUUUCGGGCACUUCUAUUGGAGUGAACUAGGGGACAGGGAACUGUGGGAGAAACUUAUUAAAGGUUUACAUUCCCUUCAAAUAGUUGUUGCCCAUUUUCAUAUUCUGUUUAUCUCUGUACAGUCAUGUUGUAUGUGCUUAGCAGCUGUAUAAUGUGGAUAUCCUGCAUUGCAAAGAGCAUGGAAAUCAGUGCCUUGAUGACAUGAUUGAUCCCCGUGUGUAUGACAUGGAGCCAUUCACAGUUUUAUUAGUGUUCCUUUACGAAGGAAUGACUUAUGAGAGAAUGGAACCAACAUGAUUCUGUUUCUCUGGGAAAAUCCUGCAAAAUAUAAAAUGAGAUUCUGCAGAAAUAUUAUUCAUGCAAAUAAAAUGAUACCAGUAUGCAGGAACAGAUAGAACCAGCCUCUUACUGCCCUACUGUCUCUUUGUAUUACCCUUUACUAUGUGUACCUCCUACUGCUCUGUAUUGUAUUGCUUAUUUGUAUGUAUCAUAUUGUGUAAUAAAGUUACUGAGACUAAA